AAACCUCGGGAUUGUCCCUUUUGUCGCUCCUACUUGAUACGAGCGCUCUACACACAUCCACAAACAAACUCGACACGAGCGAGCUUUGAGAGUCUGGGAAACUAUCCCAUUUUCAUCUCCGGACGCACGACGCAACAAUGUCCAACCAAGGAUACUAUCAAGGCCAAGGCGCUCCUCAGUACCCCCAGCAAAGGUACGUUUCACCCUGCUUCUCGCCGCGCUUGUUAUUUGGGGAAUCCCUUUUAG